GCACAACCAACAACCACGUGUGUUUUGCCCUCCCCUCCAGUGCGCGCACUGCUAGCCGAGAGGCUACUACGACUACAAAUCAGUUGUAAAACGAACUUUACAAAACUAUCGAUUAUUGAUUUGGGUAUCCGACAUGACGAAGGUUAAAAAGGAAAAAGGUGGCGCGGAGGAGGCUGCGCCCGCCAGCGGUUCCGAGAGGUCGUACCACGAGUUGGUGGCUAACCAGAACGCCAUCGCUCAGCCACUAGCCACCAAGAAGCUCAGCAAGAAACUCUACAAAUGCGUCAAAAAGGCUUCCAAAUUGAAGAACAUCCGCAGAGGAGUGAAGGAAGUUCAGAAGUUCAUCAACAAAGGAGAGAAGGGCAUCGUGCUAUUAGCAGGCGACACGCUACCCAUUGAGGUCUACUGCCACUUGCCAGUCAUGUGUGAGGACAGAAACCUGCCAUAUGCGUACAUCCCCUCUAAAGUGGAUUUGGGCGCAUCUGCGGGGUCUAAGAGGCCGACCUGCGUGAUCAUGAUCAAACCUCAUGCUGACUAUCAGGAGGCGUACGAUGAGUGUCUGGAGGAAGUGUCCAGCAUGCCCAAACCACUAUGAGCUAAUCAGAGAGCAGCUCUUGUUUGGCCACACCCACACCAUCAAAACAGGAUAAUGACUUUUUGUGAUUGAGGACUGUUGCCCUCUAGGAGGCAAUAGAUGCUGGUAAUUAGUUGAAAUACAAAAGGACAUUUAAUUUUACAUGCUAUUGCUUUUUUUUUUAAAGUAAUCUGUAUUUUGUACAGUUCAAAUAUAACGGAAUGAAUGAA